AAAAAUACAGUAAAUCACAAAAAUUCAAUAAAUAUUCCGAGUUUGCAAAACCCUGGUAGGAGUAGUACUUACUCUCAACGGUCAAAACAUACAGCAGAACAAUGCCUGCCUCCGUCGCACAGUACGUCUCGAUCAGAUUCUCUGGAUUCAACAGCCGUAAGAGCUUAAACUCAGUUGGCUAUUCGCGGAGAGAUUUAAGGGUAUUCGCAGUUGCGUCGACUGCAAACGAGGCCUGGAAUUACAUACCAGCAGCUCCAAUAUAUCUGCCCGAAGGGCCAUGGAAGCAGAUUCCAGGUGGAGUUACUGCUGCGAAUGGAUUCAAAGCUGCAGGAAUGUAUGGCGGAUUGCGUGCUAAAGGAGAGAAGCCUGAUCUAGCCCUUGUUACUUGUGAUGUAGAUGCCAUAUCUGCAGGGGCCUUUACAACUAAUGUGGUCGCCGCUGCUCCGGUAGUCUACUGCAAAAAAGCAUUAGACACUUCAACUACGGCCCGUGCGGUGUUAAUAAAUGCUGGUCAAGCAAAUGCAGCAACAGGUGAUGUUGGUUACCAGGAUGUGAUAGAAUGUUCAAGUGCCCUUGCUAAGCUACUCGAACUGAAGCCAGAGGAAGUAUUGAUUGAAUCUACCGGGGUAAUUGGUCAAAGAAUAAAGAAGGAGGCUCUUCUCAGUUCACUUCCAAAACUAGUUAAUCUGACGUCGUCAACUAUUGAGGGAGCAGAUUCUGCAGCAGUAGCAAUUACAACAACUGACCUUGUCAGCAAGAGUGUGGCAGUUGAGUCUGAGGUCGGAGGUACUCGGAUAAGGAUUGGGGGAAUGGCAAAAGGUUCUGGUAUGAUCCACCCUAACAUGGCCACAAUGCUUGGUGUUAUAACAACUGACGCCUUGGUUACCAGUACCGUUUGGAGAAAGAUGGUGCAGGUUGCUGUUAGCCGAAGUUUUAACCAAAUUACUGUAGACGGAGACACUAGUACAAACGAUGCUGUCAUUGCAUUGGCAAGUGGGUUAUCUGGAUCAAACAUGAUUUCUUCUUUGAACAGUUCUGAGGCAAAACAGUUGCAACAGUGUCUGGAUGCAGUAAUGCAAGGUCUUGCAAAAUCAAUAGCUUGGGAUGGAGAAGGAGCAACGUGCCUGAUUGAGGUCACGGUAACUGGUGCAGGCAGUGAAACUGAAGCAGCAAAAGUUGCACGUUCAGUGGCUUCUUCUUCGCUUACCAAGGCUGCGGUAUAUGGUAGGGAUCCAAAUUGGGGACGCAUUGCCUGUGCAGCUGGAUAUGCAGGGAUUCCUUUCGAUGCAAAUAAGCUCCGUAUAUCACUUGGAGAUAUUUUGCUAAUGGAUGGUGGGCAACCGCUUCCAUUUGACAGGGCUUCAGCUAGUAAUUAUCUCAGAAAGGCUGGCGAGACGCAUGGCACAGUUGAAAUUCAAAUCUCUAUUGGUGAUGGGCCAGGAAGUGGGUUAGCCUGGGGCUGUGAUUUAAGUUAUGACUACGUCAAAAUAAAUGCUGAAUACACAACAUAGGCUCGGGUACUCCAGAUGCUCGCUACACCUUUUUACCUCAACUUUCCCUUGUCCUGCUGCUCUGAUUGUAUAAUGUAUCGGCCAAGGUUGCCUUGUUACGAGGUCCAUUAGACCAUAGUCCUUUCCGGAUCCGCAAACUGUCAAUGUUAGAUCCAGAAUAGCUGAUUCUUGGCUCGUUCAGUUCAAUAUAAUACUAGUAUUUAACUGAAAAA